GAAAUGUUGAAAUGUAUAUUUACUUAGGUUGAUUAUUUAGUUGUACUUUUAUUAACAUUGUACUUUUAUUUAUAAAUAAUUGGAAUAAUAGUCAAUAAUCUGUAACUGUCUUUAAAAUCGGGUUUCUUAAAUACACUGAAUAUGGCCGUGCCAUACCUUUUAAAAAUCAAUGAGUUUCAGAAACUUAACUUACAUCCUGCUAGAGAAGAAAAGUCUGCUCCCCCUAGUUUGUCAAAUAUUGCCAUUGGUUUGGAUGAGUUACCUGUUCCAAUAUUAGCCCCUAUAAUUAAAAAUAAGGUUCAAAACAGUGCUGAAGGUAGUGAAGUGAAAAGUGAUUUUCCUAGCAAGUAUGUUUAUCGAGUGUUUUACCCUUCUCAACCAAAACCGCAGCCGGGAGAUACAAUGAAAAGGGGAAGAAAAAAGAAAAAACUUGAGGAAGUUAAACAAGAUACAGCAAAAAUUUUAAAACCUGCCCCAAGAACAAGAUCUGGUAGAGUUGUAAAGUUUCCUAAGCAUAUUGUAAAGGAUUUCAAAAAAGUGGAAAUUAUAGAUAAAAGAAGUUCAAAUGUUUUUGAAGAAGAUUACGAAAUACCUACAUCGGAUUUUGCACAGUUUAAAGAGGCUCCCCCAAAUACAAACAUGUCAGUACUUGACACUCAUCAAAGACCAAGAAAAAUAGCAUCACAGUAUAGAUGUCCGAAAUGUUGUAAAGCUUAUAUGGGUAAAAUGAAAAUGCUUCAGCAUAUUAAAAAAUAUCCAGAUCAUGGACCUCUGCCACAGUCAGAUAACAGUAAUGUCAAUUUUGAGGUUUGGAAUUAUUUAGUUGAUAUUACACAGAGGUGUUCUGUAGCUCAAAGAGGAAUUAAAUUUUGUGAAGAGUUGACCAAUUUAUUACAUAAUGUGUUGCUGUUAACUAGUGCUCUCUUCAAAAAAGUUGAGGAAAACAAAAAUUUUGUUGAAGUUGAUAAAGUAUUAGGCAAUGCUAUUGGUCUUAAUCCAGGAUGCUACACAUUCAAUGAUAGUGAACUUUAUAAAGAUGUGACGGUUCUUAAACUGAUAACAACAACUGAUUUUUUUAAACCAAUAGAUCAACCAAAAAAUAAAAAUCAAUUAACCAAAGAAAACAAUGUCAAAACAGAAAGAGACCCAUUUAUAGUCAAUAAUGAAACGAUUUCAAAUGUGAAUGGUUCUUCUUUGAAAAAUGUGCAAGAAGUUUUUCGUAGAGAACAAGUAAAUACAAAAAAGAUAGCACCUUCUGUUGUGACUGUAUCUAAAGUUGACGAAAAGAUAACAGUAACAGAUUCAAGUGUAGGGAUUGAGAACCAGCACAUACAAAGUAAUAACACAAUGGGUAACUCAAACAUGACCUUGGAUGAACAUAAUAGAAAUCACGUGAAUUUAGAUGAAAAUGUUACAAAAAAUCUUGAAUAUGAUUACUUUACCAACUCAAAUGAACUGAGAAAGUCUCCUUCGUAUUGCAUACCUACAGUUCAGUCUAAAGAUGCCACAUCUUUAAAUGAUAAAGAUCAGACCACACAUAUUGAGCCAGAACUGUUGUCAGAUAAUUCUUUGCUUCAUUUGUCAAAUAUUAGGAAUACAGUAGACGAAUUAAUGUUAACUACAGUCGACCCAGGUGGCACUUUGUUAGACAACUCAACUAGUUCAGACGAAGUUAUAAAUGUGGAUCAGUUCGUCAAUGAAAGGUUUAAAAAAAUUACGGAGCCUGAUUUAGAGUUAAAUUUAGACUUGCCAAGUUUAGAUCUAUUUCAAUUUCAUAACAUGUAAUUAAGUAGCUAUUAGAUAAAAUAUUUCUUAGUUUUUUUAUUUAUGUAUUUAUUUUAUAGUGAACACAAUUGUAAAUGUAACUGAUAUAGACUGAUAUAAUAAAUUGUUUUUAAUCUUUAUAUUGAAUGUAAUUUUUUUAAUAAAUGCCAAAGCUAUUAA